AUGUCAAAAACCACCUUCGCAGACCUGCCUACAGAAAUUCGUCUCAUGGUAUGGGAGGCCGCUUACGAUACAUCAUUACCUCGUGAGGUUGCAUUCCACUUUAGUAAAGACUUCAAAUGUAAGAAACGAGUAGAACCAUCACCCGAUGCCAAUUCAGAAGGUGCCUGUGACGUUCUCUUACAACUAACUCACGAAUCUCGAGAGUUCAUGAAGAAGAAGCUUGUCACAUUCUCAUCGGACUUCGAGGGGCGAGAUCUCGAUAUUCCCAGUCUGCCUGACUACUUCACAAGGAUGAAAAUUUCGACCUCUCGCAAGUAUAUAGAUCUUGCAAAGGACAAACUCUUCAUUUAUUCUGGCUACAUAAACCCACGCUUUUGGGUAAGAAACGUUGCUACAAGUCCUGAUACAGAACAAGUACCAUUAUAUGGAUAUGAAACAGUUCUCCCUCUAGAGGAUGUAUUUACCUUUAUGUUUGAUGCGGAAGCAAAGACGGCAGCUAAGACAUUAACCCAUCUCAAGAUCUCUUGCGACGUGAAUAGGAGAUUUGGGCUUAUUGCAACAGUUGCAAGUGAGGAGAGAACUGUCGCAUCCAUUGCUAAAGUCAAGGCUUAUCUGCCCUGCUUGCAGAAGCUGGAAAUCUAUUGCGAUAGCAAGCACUUUGCGCCCGUGGAAUGCUGGUAUACAUUACCAAAAGAUGAGUCCAUGGUAACUGUUGAGUACUGUUGUCCAGAGGAAGACUUGAGUUGUUCAUAUUCUAAUGAUGAGUCAACUCCUGAUUCUGAUUAUUCCGAGGAUUCUGAUCAAAUUGAGUCUUCAAACAACUCAGACGCUUCAGAUUCGGAUAAUGAUUCGUAUUAG